AAAUCAAUUUAAUAAACAGUUCGAGAUAAAAUGUUUGAAAGACAGAGGCAGCGAGAAUAAAAUACAAUGCGAGUACGAGACAAAAUGCCGAGAACUGAUCAAAGGGAUGAAGAAGCUUUACAACGACAACUUAAGUAACGUGCCCCUAUCUCAAUUGAAUGACAACGUCGAUGAAAAAUUACGAGAUGUUUUUAUAUCCCCAAAAAUUUGUAAAAUGCGCAGGGGCAAAAGGGCGUUCGAGAAAACAGAUAAACCUGUUACACAAUACAAGGAUGUGUUUUUAACAGAUGACACAGAGAACCGACGAAUAUUUCUUCAAGGUGAGACGGGUUCUGGUAAGACAACAUUCUUAGCAAAGAUGGCCUUGGACUGGUGUAAAGAAUCGCAUAUGUGUAGUGCAAAAGGUAAUAUCUCACAUAUCUUUGCAGAUUUAGAUGUUGUGCAAGGCUUUAUGUUUGUUUUCCAUAUUACACUGAAACAUUCGGUAAAACAGUUCGAUGUAAAUACUAUGAUUAAAAAACAAAUAAUAGACUCGAUAUACGCCCGGGAAGACCGAAAGAAGGCGUAUAUACUAGUAAAUGAGAUAAUGAAACGUGAACGUUGCUUGGUAUUACUUGAUGGUCUAGAUGAGUGGACCGGACCUGGAGAUCAUCACAACCUACCUACAUUGGUAGUAGAUCACAGCAAAUGUGUGAUGUUAUUUUCAACACGACCCUGGACAUUGGCUGUAGGGAAAAUUAAGCAUUCCGAAAUCGGCGCGUUGCUGCAACUGGAAGGAAUAAACAAGCCGUUUGAGUUCAGCAGAAUAUUACUGAGUCGCCGUGUAUCUAAGGAAGAUCUUAACAUAAAAUACGCAGCAUUUAAGCAUUACAUAGAGAAUCAGAAGCUAGAAAAAUUGCUUUCAUCUCCAAUGUUUCUCUCUACAAUUGUAUGUUCAUAUGCAGAUGGAAUCGAACUGAAUGGCUCUAAGUGUGAACUAUACAUUCUCUUACUGGAGAGUCUUUUUAAGAAAGCGAACCUUGAAACGCGUCGAUUUGAACAGCCCCCCUUUCCCUGCUUCACAGGGACUAAAUACAUACAGCCCAAUAUUGAACACAUGAAUCGGCUUGCCGAAUUGGCAUUUAAUUUGUUGUUUGAAAAUGCAAAGGAAAACUCGCUAGUGUUUAGUAAUACAGAAUUAGAGAAUUUUGCAUUAACAUCCGGAAUCGUAUCGGCAACACAUAACGCUUUUACAGUGCGAUCAGCGUCAUUUUAUAUGUUUAUCCACUUCAGCAUUCAGGAAUUCCUCGCUGCUUAUCAUAUCGCCCGCAAUACCAAUCUUAUUGACGGCGUCAUUUCUGUCUAUCUUAACCGCCACAAGGAUGCAAAUCGAGACAUAGCAGAGGUGUUUACAUUCAUGUGUGGUCUGGAAGUAGUUGGGGCUGAAAGGCUAUCGAGCAUGAUGAAUGAACGCAAUGCUCUGAAUGAUGAUAGUUCUUGUGUUUUUUGUGACAUCAUACAGGAAGGAUACAGAGAAGCGGUUGCAAACGGACAUACCAACAUGUCCCCCAAACUCAGUCACUUCUACAUCGAUAUGCUCAACAUGAAAGACCUUCAAAGCAUUUGGGCAAAUAACACCGCCAAUGCCCUUUCAUUGUGUGUUGAUAACGACAUGGAAACUUAUGCAAAUGACGAUUCUGCAUCUAAUAUGAAGAUUGAUCUGUCAUUGUGUAGCAAGCUGAAAAUAUUAACCCUAAAGGGAAACGGCAUAUUAAUUAAAGAUGCUGUCAGUGUGGCAAUAUCGGAACGACCGGUCUGGAUUGCCCUAAGAAUUACCGAUCCAACUCAGUACUCAGGCAAUUCUCCAGAACUGCCAUCCAUACAACAAAUUGAAUUGACGGAUGUCACAUGUUCCUAUACCUGGCUAUGCAGUCUGCUCAGUAUGCUGCUGACACUUGAUCAUAAAGUGAAGUGUUCUCUGAAUGACUGCGAAAUAACGUCGGAUGUAGGGGGCGCAGUGAGCCCAUUAUUUAAAACUGGCCACCUAGAAAUACAAACAGAAAAUACAAAAAUAGCACUGUCCGUACGUAAUACAAGUCUAUGGGAGGCUCUCCAUGGUCUGAAUAUAAAGAGUCUGCGUCUAGAGGGUCGUUAUAAAGCUUUUAGAGAAAAUCAUAAAGAGUUGAUAGAUCAGACGCUAUCAUUGCUCUUUAAGCUUGACACACUUAGGAUUACUGAGGAACAUGACACUCCUGAUUUGUGGCAGACUCUUCAUGGUUUAAAUAUCAAGAUUCUGAGUCUGAGUAUCGUGGGGAGAAUAAAGCAUACAGAGUCAUUGGCUCAGUCGCUAGCCUCGCUGAAACAGCUGGACAUGCUAAGUAUUGAAGUAAACUAUGACCGCCGUGGUCUGUGGGAGGCUCUGCAUGGUCUGAGUAUCAAAAGUCUGAGUAUGCGUCUGAUCUGCAAGGAUGGGUGUUUCAAACUGAACUAUGCGGAGUCUAUGAAGCAGUCGCUAUCAUCGCUCACACAGCUGGAAACACUUAUUGUAAGUGUGACGUAUUAUAUACCUGGUCUUUGGGGAUCUCUAUAUGGUCUAAAUAUCAAGAAACUGAUUUUGAAUGGUGGAUGGAGAGGUUUGAGCCUGGAGCAUGCGGAGUCGUUGUCACAGUCGCUAUCAUCGCACAAACAUCUGAUAAUUCUUAGUAUUGAACUGGACUAUGACCGCCCUGAACUGUGGGAUGCUUUGAAUGGUUUGAGUAUGAAGAGACUGAGUCUGAGUGGUAAGCGUAGAGGUUUAAAACUGUUGUAUGCGGAGUCUAUGAAGAAGUCGCUUUUAUCGCUCAAACAGCUGGAAUCUCUUAUUAUUAGUGGUUUUGAAGACUGUCCUGGUCUGUGGGAGGCUUUCAGUGGUCUUAGUAUCCGACACCUGAGUCUGCUUGCUGGGCUGGGAUCCUAUAGAGUGGAUCAUAAUGGAGCGUCGAAAUCACUAUUAUCUCUCACACAUUUGGAAACACUCAUUAUUAGUGAGGAUGACAAAAGUCCUGGUGUGUGGCAGGCUCUCCGCUUUUUGAACAUUAAGAGUCUUAGUCUAUACGGUUGCAAUGAUCGAGGUUUUAGAGUGAAUGAUACAACGUCGUUGUCUCAGUCGCUAUCAUCGCUUACUCAUUUGGAAAAGCUUACACUAUAUGUGUUUACAUCCAUCGGCCUUCAGCUACCUCAGUCAUUGAAGUAUUUGAAUAUAUAUUGUGAGACAAUGCCUCCAUCCAAAUUACGCGACAUUCUGGAUACACUUUCUGCAUGUAAGCAUGCAAUUGAGAUUAGGCUAGAAUGUGGCUGUGCUUCUAGUGUUGAUCCCCCAGAACGAGUCCAGCUACAGGAAUACCAUUCAAGUCAGCUGGAAAUUGCUGCACGGAAUAAUGUUGCAAUUAAACGAUUCCGAAUAUAUGAAUGGCAUUAUUCUGCCGGUUCGGACAUGUAUAUACAUAACGUUUGUGAUGUUGAUGACGCUUCUCAAGAUGACUGUAGCGUUAAAGAUGAUGCAUAUGAACAUUUUGCUAAACGUAUGAAAGACUUAAAAUUUAGCCGAAUUUCAAUACGACUUCAGACUCCAGUCGCAAAAUGAUAAACUAGUGCGUGUUGUUGAUAGACAAUAAAUUGGUACGAAACCAA